UGCAAAGGUAGCACCACCCUCUCCACAAAAUCCUCCUUCAUCAGUAGAGACACUUUCUGCUGGACACGGGACAGGGACUGAGGACAGACAGACAGCAGGCGAAGGAAAGGAAGAUACUAUGGCAACCCCUUCAGAUCAGAAUGUGGAGUUUGUGCGAACAGGCUACGGCAAGAACAUAGUAAAGGUGCUGGUCAUCAGGAGACAGGGGAGCCACCACUACAUCAUCGAGCUGAAGGCUGACGUCGAGCUGACACUCAAAUCACGCAAGGAUUAUCUCAUCGGAGACAACUCGGACAUCAUCCCCACCGACACCAUCAAGAACACUGUCCAUGCCCUGGCCAAGCUCAAGGGGGUUAAGACCAUCGAGCAGUUUUCCCUGGAUAUCUGUCAUCAUUUCCUGACCUUCUUUUAACCAUGUGCUGGAGGGCCAAAGUUCACAUGGAGGAGGGCUCCGUGGAAAAGGUUGGAGAAGAAUGGGGUAGAGCAUGUUCAUGCAUUCAUCUACAACCCAGAAGCUUGUCGCUUCUGUGAUGUUGAACAGAAUCUCAAUGGCAUCCCCGUGCUUCACAGUGGGGUGAAGGACAUGAAAGUGCUGAAAACCACCCAGUCUGGUUUUGAGGGUUUCUUCCGAGACCGCUUCACUACUCUGAAAGAGGCCAAGGACAGGUGUUUCUGCACCUCUGUCUAUUCUAGGUGGCGCUACAACAAGACUGAGGAUGUCGACUUUGAUGCCGCGUGGAAGUGUGUGAAGGAGACGAUUAUUGAGAAGUUUGCUGGCCCCUACGACCGUGGAGUGUACUCUCCCUCUGUGCAGAAAACCCUUUAUGAAACACAGGUUCUGGUCCUGGACCGAGUUCUUGAGGUGGAUGAAAUAGAGAUCAUAAUGCCCAACCAGCAUUACUUCAUCAUAGACAUGACAAAAAUGGGCCUCGACAACAAAGAUGAAGUCCUUCUUCCCUUGGAUAACCCUUCAGGCAACAUCACAGGGACAGUGCGCAGGAAACCGCAAGCCAAGCUGUGAAGAAAAUGCUUCUGCUGUACACAUCAAAUCAGAAUAACAUUUUAAAUGUUUUUAAACACAAUAAACUACUACUACAACUCAAGACUUCACAAACAUGAUAAAGUUACCACUAGUGGUGACGUUGCAGACUGCAACCACUUGAAUACAUCUCAGCCUUCCAAGCGUGUUAGAGAAAAUACAGUGACUGACGUGAAAGGCCCUUUUCCAGUGUUUGGUUUUGUCCAUUCUAGCUCUGUAGAUAAAAACAGCUGAUUCUAAAGGUACAAAAAAAAAACUUUAUUUGAAGCUGAUUAUACAAUAUGAUGAUGAAAACCUACUCAUGAACCUUUAACAUGAAUAUAUAAGUAAGAAAAAUGUAAUAAAUGAAAACCACUAUCAAUAAAUUCAGGAACUAGUAUUGUUCUUUGGUGAGAAAAGAGCACCAUUUAUUGCAAAUCUUUGAUUCAGAUAUUCAAACUCCAGUGUAAUGCUGCACAUAUACAUUGGUCAUACACACUUCAAUACAGUUGUCUUUGCGACAAAUCUGAAAGCACCACAGGUAGAAACAUAAAAAGAAUAUACACAUAAAUAUUUUUUAUUUCAAGAGCUUUGAGCCUAGAUAACACAGGUGUGCAGGAACACAGAGGCUUUCGGUCGGCUCCUUGUGUCUGGGAAAACAAAAUGCUUCAUUUUUACAUGCUAAGGACGACUCGGGGAAUUCCGAGUUAGAUAGAAACUGACUUUAGGGAAAAAUGGGAUGCAGCAGAAUCAUUUUCUGCGUGUAUCAAAGUGUUCAGGUACAACAGAACAUACACAACUUUAAACUAUAUAUAAUCUUAUAUACAAAUACUUUUUUUUUUUUUUUUAAAACAACGUAGGUUAAU